UGUUGGAGUUAUAUUUGUAGUUAUUUGAAUUGUCAGGAGGGAUACCGGCGGGAUGAUCGUGAGGGUGCCGGCCCGCCGAGCAGGAAACAUGGAGAUUCCGCCCGACGACGGAUACACCUGGAGGAAGUAUGGCCAGAAAGAGAUCCUGGGAUCCAAAUUUCCAAGGAGUUACUACCGGUGCACCCACAAGAGCUACUAUGGUUGUGAGGCAAAGAAGCAAGUCCAGAGGCUCGACGAUGAUCCAUACACAUACGAGGUCAAGUACUGCGGCACCCAUAGCUGCCAGACCUCCACCGCACCACUCCUCAUCCCCUCCAUGGCACCCACCAACGACAACAGCAGCAGCAACCCACAAGGGGAAGCCCUGAUGCCCGAGGCUCCCGCACAGCCACAUUCUUCCCUACUCGCUUCAACCGAACUGGGUAUCUGGUUCUCCAGGGAGUUCGAGCAUGGCCAAAGGGAAACCCAACCCCUCAUCGUUCCUCAUGGUGGGGAGGGCAGCAGCACACAAGCUGGACCUUCUCACUUGCAAGGUGGAAGGGAGGUCGACUGUCCCGUGGCAGACCUGGCCGAUGCCAUGUUCAAUUCAGGCAGCAGCGGGAGCAGCAUGGAUGCUUUCUUCUCGCAACCGUCGCAAGACAAUUGAAGAGAAAAAGAGGCAGAUAUGAAGCCAUUAGAACGUCAACGCCAUUUUCUAACCUCUUUGUAUUUCCAGGAUUAGAACAUUAGGAGUAGGACGGGAUUCACAUGAUUCUUUUUUAGCCACCCUUCUGGCUUUGGUUAAGUCGCAAGUGCCUUGUACUACGAUCGAUGAGGUGUGCUGCAUGUUAUACAUAACAAUUUUGUACCUCCGGAUUAGAAAUUUGAACGAAGAAGUUGAAAUAUUGAGUUU